GCCGGGCGCUGGGCUUCCUUAGAGCUCUCUCGGGGCACCAGUUGCCCAGUAUCCUCGCGAGAGGCGCGAGGCUAGGACCGCUCUCUCCACACUGAGCAGGCGCCAUGGCAGCCGUGCCGCCCCCUCAGCCUCCGCUGCAGCCGCUCCCGCCGCUCCAGCCGCUGCAGCCGCUCCCGCCGCUGCCGCCGCCGCCGGCGGCCGAGGGCGCGGGCUCGCGGUCCCCCGGCGCCUACCGGCCUUUCGAGCCGCAGGCGUUGGGGCUGAGCCCGAGCUGGCGCCUCACCGGCUACUCGGAGCUCAAAGGCUGAGGCUGCAAGGUCCCGCAGGAGACGCUGCUCACGCUCCUGGCGGGACUGGCGCGGCCCUCAGAGGGCCUGGCGCCCCAGCUCUCCCCCGCGUCCGACGGCGGCGAUGGGGACGGGGCCGGGGCCGUGGCCAUGGCCGUGCCUGACGGCUCGGAUCCCACUAACCGCACUCUAGGGAUAGGAAUGGAUUCUUGUGUGAUUCCCUUGAGACAUGGAGGUCUCUCCCUUGUGCAAACCACAGACUUCUUUUAUCCUUUGGUUGAAGACCCCUACAUGAUGGGACGGAUUGCCUGUGCCAACGUGCUCAGUGACCUCUAUGCCAUGGGCAUUACUGACUGUGAUAACAUGCUGAUGCUCCUCAGCGUCAGCCAAAAGAUGAGUGAGGAGGAACGAGAAAAGAUCAUGCCCCUGAUGGUCAAAGGUUUUCGGGAUGCUGCUGAGGAAGGCGGAACCUCGGUGACGGGGGGACAUACUGUGAUAAAUCCUUGGAUUAUCAUUGGAGGUGUUGCCACUGUGGUUUGCCAGCCCAAUGAGUUCAUCAUGCCAGACAGUGCAAUUCCUGGGGAUGUGCUCGUGUUGACCAAACCACUAGGAACGCAGGUCGCUGUCAAUGCCCACCAGUGGCUGGAUAACCCAGAGAAAUGGAAUAAAAUAAAGCUGGUGGUGUCCAAAGAAGAAGUGGAACUAGCCUAUCAGGAAGCAAUGUUUAGCAUGGCUAUGCUGAAUAGAACUGCUGCGGGAUUAAUGCACACGUUUAAUGCCCAUGCGGCCACUGAUAUCACUGGCUUUGGAAUCCUGGGACAUGCACAGAACCUUGCAAAACAACAGAGGAGUGAAGUGUCCUUUGUCAUUCAUAAUCUGCCCAUUAUUGCCAAGAUGGCAGCCGUCAGUAAGGCCAGUGGGCGUUUUGGGCUUCUCCAAGGGACAUCAUCAGAAACCUCAGGGGGGCUGCUGAUCUGCCUGCCUCGAGAACAAGCAGCUCGCUUCUGUGCCGAAAUCAAGUCUCCCAAAUAUGGAGAGGGUCACCAAGCGUGGAUCAUCGGCAUUGUGGAAAAAGGCAAUCAGACUGCCCGCAUCAUCGACAAGCCGCGCAUUAUCGAAGUCAUGCCCCGGGGAGCCACUAUUCUGCUUGACAACUCCAAUACCAGCCCCGAGCCCCUUUUGUGAGGUGGCCUGCUUGUUUGGACCUUGGGAAACGAUCACAAAUGACAAAAACUACUUUAUGACUUGUUUGGGGGAAGGGGAAGUGGAAGUUAAUUUCCAAAGAAACUUGCAAAGUUACUGCUAGGUGAGCUACUUGUUCUAAUGAAACCAAUUUCACGUUUUCUACUUUAUGGUCAAGUCCAGCCCCCAUUUCCCCUCUCUAGAAGCAAAGGUUUUUUUUGGCUGGGCUCCUGGUUACUUGAUUGAACAGAUUCACAUACAAGAAAUGACGUGAUUUAUUGAAAAUAAGGGACACUUUGACAACCAGUUAAGAUUGUUAGUCGAUAACGCUGAAACAAAACUCUGCUAAACCAGUAAUGGGAGACAGGGUGUACUCAGGAAUUAUUUAUGGGAUGUUUUUUCCCCCGAAGCUAUUCUUUCUCUUUCUGGCCAAGAAUUGAGCAACUUAGCCAGAAGAGGGAAGCAGACCAUGCACCAGCACAAAUCUGGGCUCUAUUUAUGAUGCUUCUCCCAUUAACCCUCCUUGGAGGGCUGGAAGAAGCGGAGCACUUAAUCAGAGCCCAGACUUUGGUGUUGCUAAAUUUAUGUAUCUUAGACUAGAUUCCUGAUAACUUAAUAAAAACGUUCAUUUCUCAGUGUCUGAAUUCAAUUCUUUCUUUCUCCCUAUUGCAUUGAACCAAGUCCCAGUUUUGGGGGGGGGGGGGGGGGGGAGGAAUCCUACAAAGAAAUAGGCAUCUCAAAUGUGAUAAGGCCACUGGGUGGAGGUAGCAAAGUGGUCUUUAGACAGGAGUAGAACUGGCCAGAGGCGACUGGCAUAAGAAGACAGCGUGGAAAUUUCGCCAACAAAGAUGGCAAGCCAUUUGUGGUCUCAAAAGUGUUCCACUUUCCAGAGCUACUGAGAAGACUGGAAAAUAAGCACUGGAAGCAGGACAAGGACACAGCUGACUCCAGACCCAGCACUGAAUCUCUGAAUUGUACUUUUUUUCCCUUAAAUGUGAGUUCUUCUAUACUCAAUUUGACAACUGGGGGGAUGGGGAAGAUGUAACAAUGGUAAAAAGAGGCAGCCUGAAACUAGUCUGAAACCCAAUCGGGUUUCUCAGUGUUGUGCUUUUGGUGAAGAAUUCUGUUUUGACAAACCGAUUCAUCCUGUAGGCCUAAAAGCCAAUGGGCUUUUAGGAAAAAAGGGAAAUUGAGUUUCUGCACAGGCAGAAGUGGGUAGCUGUAGCUGAACUCGAUCUUUUUAAGUUCUAA